GGAGCCGGAGCCCGCGGCGGCGGCGGCGGCGGCGGCGGCGUCUGGGCCUGCGGGGCCGGGGAGCCCGGGACCCGAGGCCCGACGCCCGAGAUGGCGACUAAGAAGGCGGGCUCGCGGCUGGAGACGGAGAUCGAGCGCUGCCGCUCCGAGUGCCAGUGGGAGCGGAUCCCCGAGCUCUGCAAGCAGCUGUCGGCCAAGCUCAUCGCCAACGAUGAUAUGGCUGAGCUGCUCCUUGGGGAAUCCAAACUAGAACAGUUCCUGAAAGAAAACCCGUUUAAACAGGGGGCCAGUCCUCGAGGUCCCAGGCCAAAGCUGACAGAAGUUCGGAAACACCUGACUGCUGCACUAGACCGAGGGAACCUCAAGUCAGAAUUCUUACAAGAAUCCAAUUUGAUCAUGGCCAAGUUGAACUACGUGGAAGGGGAUUACAAAGAAGCACUCAACAUUUAUGAUAGGGUGGGCCUCGAUGACUUGACGCUGACAGGAGUUCCACCUUACAGGUUGCGAAUGAUUGCCGAAGCAUUUUCUACCAAAGGUCUUUGUUUAGAGAAGUUGCCAAUUUCUUCGUCUGCUAGUAAUCUUCAUGUGGAUCGGGAGCAAGAUGUCAUUACCUGCUAUGAAAAGGCAGGGGACAUUGCCCUCCUUUACCUCCAGGAGAUAGAAAGGGUACUUAUUACUAAUAUUCAAAAUAGAAGUCCUAAGCCUGGCCCUGCACUCCAUGAUCAAGAAUUAGGUUUUUUCCUAGAAACAGGACUACAGAGAGCCCAUGUCCUUUACUUCAAAAAUGGGAUAGAUGUACAUGAAGAUCAACAGAACUUGACAAGAGGAGUCGGUAGAUUUAGAGAGAUUCUAAGAGCUGUUGAAACCAGAACCACACAAAACCUGCGAAUGACAAUAGCCAGGCAGUUAGCAGAAAUUUUGUUAAGGGGUAUGUGUGAACAGAGCUACUGGAAUCCUCUGGAGGAUGCUCCAUACCAGUCACCUCUCGAUGAUCCCCUCAGGAAAGGAGCCAAUAUGAAAAACUACUCUCUCCACCGAAGAGCCCGAGUAUACACAGGAGAAAACAUUUUUUGUCCCCAAGAGAAUACUGAGGAAGCCCUAUUAUUAUUGUUGAUCAGUGAAUCAAUGGCAAACCGGGAUGCUGUAUUGAGUAGGAUACCAGAGCAUAAAAGUGAUCGCAUCAUCAGCUUACAGAGUGCUUCAGUGGUCUAUGACUUAUUGACUAUAGCUUUGGGGAGAAGAGGCCAAUAUGAAAUGCUGUCAGAGUGUUUAGAAAGAGCCAUGAAGUUUGCGUUUGAAGAGUUCCACCUCUGGUACCAGUUUGCAUUAUCACUUAUGGCUGCAGGAAAAAAAUAUUCCUCUUUUAUCAAGUCUGCCCGUGCUGUAAAGGUUCUAAAAGAAUGUAUCCGUCUAAAACCUGAUGAUGCUACCAUUCCUCUCCUCGCUGCAAAGUUGUGUAUGGGUUCCCUUCAUUGGUUGGAAGAAGCUGAAAAUUUUGCCAAAAAUGUAGUUGACAUGGGAGAGAAAACAUCAGAGUUCAAAGCCAAAGGUUACUUAGCUUUGGGACUCACUUACAGUUUGCAGGCCACUGAUGCUUCUUUGCGAGGGAUGCAAGAAGUCCUGCAGAGAAAGGCUCUUCUUGCUUUUCAGAGAGCCCACAGUUUGUCACCUACAGAUCACCUAGCCGCUUUUUAUCUGGCUCUGCAACUGGCCAUAUCCAGACAGAUACCAGAAGCACUGGGUUAUGUUCGCCAAGCUCUUCAACUCCAAGGGGAUGACGCCAACUCUUUGCAUCUCCUUGCACUCUUAUUGUCAGCUCAGAAACAUUAUCAUGAUGCUCUGAACAUCAUUGACAUGGCCCUGAGUGAAUAUCCAGAAAACUUUAUAUUACUAUUUUCUAAAGUGAAGUUGGAGUCACUCUGUCGAGGCCCAGAUGAGGCCCUCCUUACCUGCAAACACAUGUUACAAAUAUGGAAAUCCUGCUACAAUCUCACUAAUCCCAGUGAUUCUGGACGUGGGAGCAGUCUCUUAGAUAGAACCAUUGCUGACAGACGACAGCUUAAUACAAUCACUUUACCAGACUUCAGCGAUCCUGAGACAGUGUCAGAUUCCUCUUCCUCCUCCUCUUCUCUUUCAAGAACAGAAUCUCCUCUUCACCUGUUUGUAUCUACUCAUCUUCCUCAUUAUCAUCCCAAACCUGACACUUUUGUGCGGCCCAGGGCAGCUUAUUCAGUCAGUGACCCAGCCCCUCACCGGAAACCCUCUCUCUGCAACUCACCAGAAGCAUACGUUCAUGGUUUUUCUUCCCUUUUUUCAGUUAGUUCAGUUCACGCCACCUCCAUAGCAGCCUCCAGAGUGGAGCAGGCCCUCUCUGAAGUGGCUUCGUCCUUGCAGAGCAGCGCCCCUAAGCAAGGGCCCUUACAUCCCUGGAUGACGCUGGCCCAGAUUUGGCUUCAUGCAGCCGAGGUCUACAUCGGGAUUGGCAAGCCCGCGGAAGCGACAGCCUGCACCCAGGAAGCAGCCAACCUCUUCCCCAUGUCUCACAACGUCCUCUACAUGCGGGGCCAGGUCUCUGAGCUCCGGGGAAACAUCGACGAGGCCAGGCGCUGGUAUGAAGAGGCCUUGUCCAUCAGCCCCACGCACGUGAAGAGCAUGCAGAGACUGGCUCUUAUCCUUCACCAGCUAGGCCGAUACAGUUUAGCUGAGAAGAUUCUCCGUGACGCAGUCCAGGUCAACUCGACUGCCCAUGAGGUCUGGAAUGGCCUUGGUGAGGUGCUCCAAGCUCAGGGCAAUGACACUGCUGCUACUGAGUGCUUCCUGACUGCCCUGGAAUUGGAAGCUAGCAGCCCCAUUGUCCCCUUCACCAUCAUUCCCCGAGUGCUCUGAGUGGGACUUGAGCUAAGAGAUCGGCCCGCUGCAAUGUCUGGAGGUGAGGACCAGGACACACUUACCGGACGCCAGUAUAACCACAUUGUGUGGUUGGGGGUAGGAGGGAACCAGUCCCUGAGGAGAUUGGAAUUAACAGAAUGGAAGGGGAAAUACUUGAUUGUUUAUGCAGGGGGGAGGAAUUUAAUGAAUCACUGAGGCUGUAGACGAAUGUUAGAUUGACCAAGAUGACAAACCAAACACAACUAAAAUCAUGCUCAAUUUGUGUUUUUUUUUUUGGGGGGGAGGUUGCUGUUGUUGUUGUUGUUGUUGUUUGUUUGUUUGGGUUUUUUUGCCUCAUGAUAGUUUUCAAUUCUAAUGAUGUUGUUCAAAAUGGAUUAUGUGCCAUAUUUUGUUAAAUGACAUCUGAGUGCUCCAUAAAAUGAUUACAGAAUCAAUCAGCAAAUGUAAAAUAAGAUAUUCAAAGUGAAAAUUCAGUGGCAGAACAGAUUAUUUUUAGCAAACCUGUCAUGAAAACUGUUCCCUCUUUCCCACUAUUACCCUGACUCCUACCCUUGGCCCAGAAACCAAAUGUGAUGUUUCUGCUUCCUGUCUCAGUACUAGUCAAAGCCAGAAGACCAGCUGACAAGUUCUUGGUUUUGUUGUCAAUAACUGUAAUGCGUGGCUGAUAAUUGUCUUUAUUUAGAACCAAGCCUGAGUCCAAGAAUAUUUAUAUUUUACCAAUAUAUGCCUGUUACAAGAGAAGGAAAUAUGAGUUAUUUAAGUUUAACUUUUUUAUGUGAAUUCAGAGUUUAUUUAUCAAUGGAAAUAUGUAAAAAAGAAAAAAAAGAAGCUUCAAAUGGAAUAUUUACCAACAUUCCUUAUACAUUACCUACACUUGGCUAAAUGGAAAGAUGAUGUUAAUAAUAAAAUGAUUUUUAAAUGGA